CCAGAACUUUUUUUUUUUAAAGUACAUUUUUUGGUGGUUUUCUUUGCAUGAGAGAAACUUCGAAAAUCUUGAAAAGAUUGAUAGUCAGGUCAAUGAUUUGCAGCUGGUUUCAAAGUCCCUGGUUGCAAGUGCGUAGUUUUAAUGGCAAAACUCGUUUGGGUUGUCAGGAUGUAAUUUUUUUUUUUCCAUUUGCUAUCAAACAUCAGCUGAUAGGGAAAGAGCUCAAAGCUGUCCUCCACAUUUAAGAUAAUGGCAAAAAUAACAGGCGCUUGGCGUUACCAUACUAGGGGUGUGGUGAUUCUCUCUCGUUCCACUCCGCUCUCUCUCCUGAUAAACUCAAUGGGGUUGUCUAUUUUUAACCUCCUGUUCUUUCCUUUUGGCGGAGUAAUCAUUGCAAGCUGAGCUCCUUCCCUGAAUGAAGCCAAGUAACCCCAGUGGUUGCCUUCUGAAAUGACCAGCAGAAACACAGCCAUACAGAGGCUGUCCAAAGUAUAAACUCUGCUUCUAAGGUACCAUGUCCAGCCAAGGAAGUCCUGGUGCAGAGUUUUCUACGACAACAGUCAGUUCAGUAGCUGUGCAGGCUGGGGACUCCAAAAUCAUUAUAGCUGUCAUAAAGUGUGGCAAAUGGGUACAACUUCAAUUGGCUGAAUCACAGCCCAAUCUUCUAGAAAUUGGUAGCAGUCAAGAUGAAACCAAAAAACUUCUUCACGAUCAUGAACUUCUUUUGGCCAAGCUCAAGGCUUUGGAAGAUCGAGUAUGGGAACUCUUGCAGGAAGCAGACAAGACAGCUGAAGAGAACCAGGAUCAGAGUCAGGUGUACGAAGCCAUGGCCAAGACUCUGGGUGAAGCAUGGGCUGCCCUGGUCUCCAUGCUUGAAAGAAGAAGGGAGCUCCUUAGGUUGACCUCUGAAUUUUUUGAAAAUGCCUUAGAGUUUGCUAUUAAAAUAGACCAAGCUGAAGAUUUUCUCCAGAAUACUCAUGAAUUUGAGAGUGCUGAGUCCUUAAAAUCACUUCUUCAGCUUCAUGAACAUCAUACUAAAGAACUCUUAGAACGAUCGCUAGCCCUUUUAAACAAAAGUCAACAACUCAUGGACUUCAUAGAAAAUUUCAAGUGUGGUGGACCUAAUGUCAAUCCCGAGUUGAUUCAGGGAGCUCACAGCAGCUGUCUGAAAAUCGACAGCCUUCUUGAACUUCUGCAGGACAGAAGAAGGCAACUAGACAAGUACCUGAAGCAACAGUGGCAAGAACUGGGUCAGGUUCUGCAGAUAUGUCAGUGGGACCAACAGGAAAACCAGGUUACUUGCUGGUUUCAGAAAACCAUCAGAGAUUUACAGGAGCAAAGUCUAGGUUCAUCUCUUUCAGACAACGAGGAGCUAAUUCGUAAGCAUGAGGAACUGAUAAUAAAAGCAAAGGAAUGGAACUCUGCCGUUGAGAAGCUGAAGAGUGAGGCACUGGGAAUCUUGCUGUCAAAGGACCAUGUGGAGAAAGAACAUCUACAACUCUCUACCCAGAAACUGAGUCGGCUUCAGAAAGAAUUUGGUCAACUCAUGGUGGAAAGGAAUACCUGGUUAAAAAAGGCGAACGAUUUUUUUAACAGUGCUAACAAGGCAUUUGAUGUACUUGGAGGAGUCGAAGCUUACCUUAAGCUCCUUAAAUCAGAGGGUUUAAGUCUGCCCGUCUUGGCAGUGAGGCACGCGGAAUUACACAGAGAAAUUAAAGACUGCACAGCUGAUGCUUUGCAAAAGGGACAAACCUUAACCAGCCAACUAGACUCCUGCAGCUCUCGGGUGACCGGCGUCCACGAGAUGAUGGGAUGCAUUAAGAGACGAGUGGAUGACCUGACCCAACAGUGUUCAGCGCACAAGGAGUUUGCUCUUAAGAAACAACAAUUAACAGCCGCAGUGGAGGGUUACCUAAGGAAGGUGGAAAUGUCAAUUCAGAAAAUCAGUCCAAUACUUUCUAAUGCAAUGGAUGUUGGUUCCAGCCUUUCUGAUUCAGAGAAGAUUUUAAAUGAAUAUCUGGACCUAGAUAUCCAAGUUAAGGAGACAUCACAUGAAUUAGAAGCAGCUGCAAAAAUCAUGACGGAGAAAAAUGAAUUUGAACCUGAUGAAGUGGCGUCACUUUCUUCUAAAAUUAAAUGGCUAGAGGAAGAAUUAAACAUAUUUGGCCAAAGCAUCAGCUCCAGGUCACGAGUGCUGCACACUUUUGUGGCAUUUCUAAAGUCAUCAGAGGAGGUAGAAGUGCAGUUUCAGAGCCUAAAGGAGUUUUAUCAAACUGAAAUCCCUCAGAAGGAAGAGGAUGAUACUAAAGCCAAGUAUUGUUCUGACUCAGCUGAGAAGCAAUGGCAGCUAUUUUUAAAGAAGAGUUUUUUAACUCAAGACCUAGGGCUUGAGUUCCUUUAUUUAAUAAAUAUGGCAAAAGAGAAUGAGAUAUUAAAUGUGAAAAGUGAGAUGCACAUUGUGGAGAACAUCUUGGAAAACCAGAAGGCAGAAAGGGAAGAACUCAGCCUCCUUCGGAUGGUGUGGCAACUUAAAGCCACUGAGGGCAAGCCUGUGAAACAGCAGUGGGGUGCAUUCAAGGAGCAACUUAAAAAGACUACUCACAACUUAAAACUUCUUCAGGAGGUCCUUAUGCCUGUGUGUGCUCUUGACCUUGGAGGGAGCCUCCAGACCAUUUUAGAUCUACGGAAAAAGUGGAACGAAAUGAAGCCUCAGUUCCAGCAACUGAAAGACGAGGUUCGGUAUAUUAUGAAAGAAUCAGAGGAGUUAAGUGUCAGAGGAGCCCCUGUGAAAGAGAAGUCUCAACAAUUGAAGGACCUUACUCACCUCCAUGAAAAACAGAAAGAGAGAAUCCAAGACUAUGAGGAUAUCCUGUACAAAGUGGUCCAGUUCCACCAAGUCAGGGAAGAGCUGGGACAGCUCAUCAAAUCAAGAGAUCCAGAGUUUCUAGAGCAGCUGAAGGAACUGGGUGAUGCUCAUGAGAUCCAGAUUCACCUCCGUCGCUCUCAGGAAAAGCAGGCACACGUGGACCAUCUCUACAAACUGGCCCUUUCCUUAGGAGUGGACAUCAUCUCAUCAGUGCAGCGGCCUAGCUGCUCUAACGUCUCUGCAAAGAACCUACAGCAGCAGCUGGAGACCCUUGAGGAGGACAGCCUGAACUGGCGCGCGGACGCCGGGGAAUGCGAACAGGCCCUGUCCCGCAGCUUGGAGUACUGUGCCACAAGGAACGAGAUAAACGAGCUCAAAGAGUCAUUCAAAGAUAUCAAAAAGAAAUUCAACAAUUUGAAGUUUAAUUACACUAAGAAAAAUGAAAAAGCACGGAAUCUGAAGGCUCUUAAAUAUCAAAUUCAACAAGUUGAUAUGUAUGCUGAAAAAAUGCAGGCUUUGAAAAGGAAAAUGGAAAAAGUUGAUAAUAAAACUUCUGAUUCUUCCCUGAAUUACCCAACUAGUAAAGUAAAUGUCCUUUUGGAAGCUAUAAAGGAUUUGCAAAAACACGUGGAUGACUUUGACAAAGUUGUGACAGAUUACAAGAAAACUCUGGACUUGACCGAGCAACUCCAGGAGGUGGUAGAAGAGUGUCACUUUUGGUAUGAAGAUGCAAGUGCCACAGUUGUAAGAGUUGGAAAAUAUUCAACGGAGUGCAAGACAAAGGAAGCUGUGAAAAUUCUCCACCAGCAGUUCAAUAAGUUUAUCGUACCUGCAGUGCCUCAGCAAGAAGAAAGGAUUCAGGAGGCCACUGACCUUGCUCAGCGCUUAUAUGGUUUGGAAGAAGGGCAGAAAUAUAUUGAGAAAAUAGUGGCAAAACACAAAGAGGUUCUUGAAUCCAUUACUGAAUUAUGUGCAUCUCUCACAGAGCUUGAAGAAAAACUGAAGCAGGGAGACGUUUUAAAGAUGAGCCCGCACUUGGAAGACUUCCGUGACAAUUGCAUUGACCUACUAAAGGAACAAACGAGAAAUAAGCAGACAAUAUUCAGUGAAGAAAGGAAUAAGGGGCAGGUGCAGGUGGCAAAUGUGCCCAUCGAUGGAACAGGGGAAGAUGGGCUUCCAGGGGACCAGCAGCAGCCGCCCACUGCCAAAGAGGGCAUUGUCCAGGGCCCACUCCUGCCUGAAGACAUGCUGUCAGAAUAUGAGUGUGUCUCACCUGAUGACAUCUCCUUGCCGCCACUCCCGGGAAGCCCUGAGUCCCCCCUUGCGCCGUCUGACAUGGAGGUGGAGGAGCCUCCCAGCUCCUCCCUCGGCCUUCUCAGAAGCAGCCACGGUGUGCAGGCAGCUGCCAGCAGUCCAGAGGCGGCCCAGGAAUCUGUUCUUCCACCACCUGUUGCUUUUGCUGAUGCAUGCAAUGACAAAAGAGAAACAUUUUCAAGCCAUUUUGAGAGGCCUUUCCCCCAAUUCAAAGCUGAGCCCCUAUUAGCCUCCGGAGGAUUUGUGGAAAAGAGUACUACUGCCUUGCACAAAAUCAGUGUGAGACAUCCAGAGAGCAUGCAGAGUGACGCGCAUGAGAGAGCUUUACCGCAGCACCCUCAGGCUCAGGGCCGUUUGCUAGAGACUCGGGAGGAAAUGCAUGCUGAUAAUAACUCCACUAAAACCCGGGCCAGGCUGCAUGCUUCCCCCAGUGUGUUCUCGGGCCUCAGGUUUCAAUCAAGCACCAGCCGGGGCUAUCAGAGUCAAAUGGUUCCCCAAGAAGAGAUUAAAAGCACAUCAGCAAGGAACAGCGUGGUCAGCAUAGCUGACCAGGCACCUCGUUUCUCCAGGCUCCUGUCUAACGUAACUGUUAUGGAAGGUUCUCCAGUGACUUUGGAAGUUGAAGUAACAGGAUUUCCAGAGCCUACACUGACAUGGUACAAGAAGGGCCAGAAACUGUUCCCAGAUGGGCACUUGCAGGUCUUACACAAGGAGACGAGGCACUCGGUGUUCAUUCCGAAGGUAUGCAAGGCAGACGCAGGCCUCUAUGUGGCUCGGGCCCAAAACUCUAGCGGCACUCUCUCUUCCAGUGUCGUCCUCCACGUGACAGGACAUGCAGAUGAAAGCUGGCAUCGGCACAGAGUUGUGAGACUACAUUCCUGAGUCUGAGGAUGUCACUGUAAAUAAUCACUCCUCAUGCUGAUCUGACGAGUUUGACAUUGGAGAACAGACGUGCCAUCAACGUUAGAUGGAGUUUCCAUCCUCCAUCAGCUCUGCAUGUCGUACAGCAAGAUGUGGUGGGCUGCAGGGGUGGACCAGCAUGAUCCCUGCCAUUCUGCUGAUGUGCUUUGGGCAGCCACGUAUACAACUGCAACCAGGUCCUUCUGCCUCUAACCUUGAUUCUGCCGCUGACCAUUGUUUCAGCCUGCAACAAGGCAUCUCAUUGCCUCAGUUUUCCACCUGGAAAAUGAGUUCAUCAUCUACCUCCUGGGCAAUUGAGAGUUUUCAUUUUGUGUCUUGUAAAGAUCUGGAAAAUGAAAAGCUCACUGUUGAGGGCUUAGGGUAAUUAUAUUGUUUAAUGUAAUUUGUCAUCACACUGGCCUCCUGCCCACGAUUUCUUUUUUUAGAUGCUGUUACUUUAGAAUAUUAAAUUAAAGGAGUGCUGUUAAUAUGUGAUUUCCAACUAUUCCCAUGGGGGAAAAUGAUGUUUUAUGAAUUGGAGCUUAAAUUCCUUUCUAAUUUCUUAAGAUUGCAUCCUUUCUAAAGACUUGAAAUUAAACUCAGGAGGAUACAUUUAGUAUGUUCUGGGUGUGGGGGAAGUGUGUAAUAAGAUGGUAUAAGAUGAAUUCUAUUUUUUUUAUAAUAUCACUGUAAUAUUAAAGAAUGUUUUAUGCCUUUCUAAAAUACAUUAUGCAGAAAAGAGCAUUUUUUUGCUUCCUUUUAAAAAUAAACAUGAAUAAGAGAGGUAUUUGUUUUUUAGAUUUUAAAUGUAGUCUUGUCAUGCUAGGGAAAAAUCUUUAGUUGAAAGAAUAAUUCAUUACAGAUUUUUGAUGAAGGGAAGGAAUUAAUUAUGUUGCUGAAAGACUGUCUGCAAAUAAUCAAAAUAUUUAAAUGUAAUAUAUUCAAGUUGAUAUUAAAAAGUUACUGAAUGUUAUCUGAAGAUGUGAAAUGUGUAGUUAAGUAAAAAGUUGGCAUAUUCUUUCUUGUGCUGCAUAUUGAAUUUAAUUAAAAAAAUUAAAUUUC